AUGUCCUCAAUGAAAGCCAUCGUCCUGCACACCCCCGGCCCCCCAGACGCUCUCAAGCUCACUCACCACCCCAUCCCAACCCCCAAACCAGGCGAACUCCGCAUCAGAAUCAAAGCAUUUGGCCUCAACCGCUCCGACCUUCUCACCCGGCGAGGCCACCGCCCCAUCGCAUACCCGCGAAUCACCGGCAUCGAAGCCGUCGGCAUCGUCGACGCAGCCCCGGGCCUAGAACACGUCUUCCCGCCGGGUAGCAUCGUAGCGACCGCCAUGGGCGGGAUGGGGACUGUUUUCGAUGGCGGAUACGCCGAGUACACGUGCGUUCCGGCCCGGCAGACACAGCUCCUCCGGACGAAGACGAAUCUGCCAUGGGAAAUUCUCGGUGCGGUACCGGUGAUGGUGCAGACGGCGUGGGGGGCGCUGAUUCGGUCGCUGGAGCUUAGGGCGCGGGACCGGUUGUUGAUACGUGGGGGUACGACGUCUGUGGGCCUGGCGGCUGCUGCGAUUGCGAAGGUGCACGGGGCGUAUGUGGCGAGCACGACGAGGCAGAAGGAGCGGGAGACGCUGUUGCUUGAGAAUGGGGCGGAUCGGGUCUGGAUUGAUGAUGGGGCGGUUGCGGGGCAGAUUCUGGCUGCUGGCUCGGGGGGUUACUAUGAUAAAGUGCUUGAGCUGGUGGGUGUGGCUACGCUGGCUGACUCGUUGCGGUGUGUGAAGAAAGGUGGUAUUGUAUCUCUGGUUGGCACGUUAAGUGAGAAGGGGGUUUUGGAGAAGGUGGAUCUGAUGGAGUUCAUCCCCUCUGGGAUCAAGCUGACGGUGUACCGUGGGACGUCUGAGGAUUUCAUGAGCACGCCGCUGGAUGUGGUGCUGAGGCUGGUUGAGCAGGGAAGUUUGAAACUAAAGAUAGGACGAGUGUUGCGGAUGGAACAGAUUGUGGAGGCUCAUCGGUGUAUGGAAGAGAAUGAAGCUGAAGGGAAGAUUGUGAUUCUCCCCUGA